AUGACAUCGACCUCAUGGCCCCAGCUUCUGGCCUUCAAGCUGGCCCCUCCGCCCCGUGACCCUGGGAGUCCAGAGAGGAUCUUCAGCUGUGUCGGGGAGAUGGAGCGCCGCUACGAGAUCGUUCCCUCUGUGGUCUCCUCCAUGUGCUGCCUCUUCGGCAUCAUAUACUGCUUCUUUGGUAAGACAACCACACUGCUACUACUGGUACCAUUGUUACUAAUGAAAAAGGAAAACCCGCGCUCUCACUGGAAUACUUUUGCAGUUUUAACGUAUUUUAGAAGCAGCAGAGGUCAACAAAGGGAUGCGUUAAACGCUGACGAAGGCUGUGGCCGAAACGCGUCCAUAUGCUGACCUCUGCUGCUGCUUACAUCCAUUAAAACUGCAAAAGUGAUUCCAGUGAGUGCGAGUUUUCCUUAUUUUCAUUAUGCAUGUGUGAACCCGGCACCCAAAGCCUUUCUGAUAGUCCAGUAUAUACACUACUUGAGUUGAGAGCGCCGAUUACUUUUGCUACUAUUGUUACUAAGAGUCAGACUGUAUACUGCUUCUCUGGUAAGACCAUAGAGAUAUCAUAUACUGCUUCUCUGGAAAAGACCAUAGAGAUAUCAUAUACUGCUUCUCUGGUAAGACCAUAGAGAUAUCAUAUACUGCUUCUCUGGUAAGACCAUAGAGAUAUCAUAUACUGCUUCUCUGGUAAGACCAUAGAGAUAUCAUAUACUGCUUCUCUGGUAAGACCAUAGAGAUAUCAUAUACUGCUUCUCUGGAAAAGACCAUAGAGAUAUCAUAUACUGCUUCUCUGGAAAAGACCAUAGAGAUAUCAUAUACUGCUUCUCUGGAAAAGACCAUAGAGAUAUCAUAUACUGCUUCUCUGGUAAGACCAUAGAGAUAUCAUAUACUGCUUCUCUGGUAAGACCAUAGAGAUAUCAUAUACUGCUUCUCUGGUAAGACCAUAGAGAUAUCAUAUACUGCUUCUCUGGAAAAGACCAUAGAGAUAUCAUAUACUGCUUCUCUGGUAAGACCAUAGAGAUAUCAUAUACUGCUUCUCUGGUAAGACCAUAGAGAUAUCAUAUACUGCUUCUCUGGUAAGACCAUAGAGAUAUCAUAUACUGCUUCUCUGGUAAGAUGAUAACCCUGUUACAGAUUUACAACAGAGCUAAGCUAACACAACCUGCUUCUCUGGCAAGACCAUAGAGAUCUGUAAUGUAGAAUGUCAUGUGUGUUGUCCAUUUUCCAUCAGAGUAAUCUUUUAGUUCAUCUUAACUCCUCAGCAGCAACCUGCAAAUCCACAACAAACAAAACAUGUUGAGAUUGUCAAUUCUUAUCUACGUUAAUCACCAAAACAGCAUGUUUUUAAUGUGGAUAAAACACUGUCACAGUCUCAAAGCAGAGUGCACAAUCUCAGCUAAUUGCUGUUGUUUUAUAACUAAUGACAUAACAGCUGUCAUCUCUCCAGGGUUGUGGUUCUCCGUCUGUGAUAGAGACAGAGAGGAAGUACUGUAUCGUUACGCCUCUGUUAGUUUAUUUCACCUAGUGUUGUACUGUAUCAAGAGAAGACUGUAACCUGGUUCACAAUGGAGAGGAGAGGAGAGGAGAGGAGAGGAGAGGAGAGGAGAGGAGAGGAGAGGAGAGGAGAGGAGAGGAGAGGAGAGGAGGGGAGGGAGGGGAGGGGAGGGGAGGGGGAGGGGAGGGAGAGGGAGAGGAGAGGAGAGGAGAGGGAGGGAGGAGAGGAGAGGAGAGGAGAGGAGAGGAGAGGAGAGGACGAGAGAGGAGAGGAGAGGAGAGGAGAGGAGAGGGAGGAGAGGAGAGGAGAGGAGGGACGAGAGGAGAGAGGAGGGGGAGAGGAGGAGGAGGAAGAGAGGAGGGAAGAGGAGGAGGAGGAGGUAGAGAUGAGGGAAGAGGAGCGGGAGAGGAGGAGGAGGAAGAGAGGAGAGCAGAUUAGAGAAAGACAGGAAGAGAGGAGGAGGAGUUCAGUUCUUUGAGCCUCAGCUGUAUUCAUGCUUGAUUACACCCAGAUAAUAAUGUUAUGGUGAAGCCCUGCGGUGGAGGAAGACAGAACACAUUCACUAACGAACAUAGAAGACUUGGGAUGUGUCCCAAAUGGAAUCGUAUUACCCAUAAGGCCCUGGGCAAAGGUAGUGCGCUAUGUAGGAAAUAGGGAACCAUUUGUUACGGCGUUAUUGUGAGAAGUGCCCAGCGGUAGGAUUUUAACAGUGAGGAGGCUGAUGAAGUAGAUGGACUUUCCUUGCCCAGAGCGGGGGGGGGGCUUUUUAUAUAGCAACUGUGAAGAUAAUACCAGGCGCCAAAAAUACAAUCAUUACAAAAUAAAAAAAAUAAAAAAACAUGGCGUUUACAGCGGGGUUGAUGGAUGGUGGUGGGGUGGAGUCUCUAUAUGCUGUCUCUAAUAUGCCUCUCCCGUUAUCUCUUACUGGUCCUGACAAUACUGAGCUGUGCCCUAGACCUGAAGCUGUCCAUGGUUCUGCUGGGGGUACUGGCAGUCCAAAAC